AUGCUAACGAAGAAUCAAUUCAAGAAGUUUUGUACUGAUAGUAUUUUUGGUGUUUUCAUGAAGAAAAAUAAUUGUGUUGUGCAAGCGCAAUUAGGGAGAUGCAUUAUGUCACUGGAGACUACGGAAAGUUCAACAAGUGACAUAGUAAUUCAUGCAAAGGGCACAACUUUGCAUUUUAGUCUUAGAGAAUUUGCUGUAGUAACUGAUUUGAAUUGUUAUUCAAACAAGGAUGAUUUUGAAUUUGAUGAAGACGUUCCAAAUAAAAUUAUUGAUCAGUAUUUUGAUGGUUCCAGAUUUAUUCAGAAGAAGGAAUUAUUUGUUGUUGUUACUGAUAAAAUAUGGAGAAACGAGAAUGAUGAAGAUGCAUUCAAGUUUCCUAAUUUAUAUUUUAUUCAUGAAUUUUUGCUUUCGUCUGUUGAUACUGUCAUUAUUCCGCGCCUCCAUUUUGAUUUGGUCGAGAGUGAUCGUUACAGGGACUAUCCUUGGAGAUUGGUUGCAUAUGAAGAAUUAGCUAAAACUUUGAAUAAAAAGUUGAAACCCACAGAAAAGUUUUACAUGCUUCAUGGAAUGCCACUUGCCAUCCAGAUUUGGUUGUACCAGUGUUGUUCUGUUGUCCCUCGUACCGUUGCUUUCAAGGUUGUUUUCAAGAACAUUAAGCCGACACGAAAGGAGAUUUCAACCUUUCAGAUACCAAAGAAGGUUUUUCAUAGAGGUAAAAGUCAUAAAGAAGAUUAUGCUGAUUCUAAUGAUGAUUUUCAGGAUCCUCCACUUAAACACCAGCUUUCAAUCAGCAAAAAAAAAUACCAGGGUGAUUCGUCAAAUUCACCUGCCAAGAAAAAGUUGAAGAAUCUAUCAAAAGGUGUAGAUCAGCAUACACCAAAAAGGACUCCUCCAAGUCGUGCUGUGAAGAUGUCUUCUGUGAAGACACCAAUUUUCAAGGCGAUUCAAUCAAAAGAAACAGUACCUUCAAACAGAAAAGACAUUCCGGUUCAAUCGCCUGAUAUGUGUUUUUUCAAUCUUGAAGACGAGGAUGAUGUUCUUUCUAAGAAAGUGUUUGAAAAGUUUCGUGAUGAGGUUCACAAAGUAUUUAAUGACAUUCAGAAUUUAGUAACAACAAGGUGUGAUCAAAUAAUGAAUUCAAUAAAUGAGAUGAAGGUUAAAGAUUAUGAAUUUGUCAAGCCACAAUUGGAUGAAACUGAUAAGGAUACUUCACCGCAUGAGUCCACACCAAGUUUACAUCAUGAUUUUGAUAAGAGUUCUGAAGGCAUGUUGGACAAAAUUGAUACCUCUGUGCAUGAAGCAAGAGAUGUAUGUGAUUCAACGAACAUUGGAGCGGCUACAGAAAUAAUUGAAAAUAUAUCAAUGGCUGAUUGUGAGAAAUUAAUUUUGGAUGAACAAAUUAAUUCAGAAGUUCACACCCAUGAAGCAGUUUUUGGAGAAGGGAAGUCUCAACCAGAUUUACGUGAUUCUUAA